AUGAUUGUCGCUUGCCUGCUCCUCUCCAGCAUCUGGACCCUUGCAUCAGGCUCCGUGCAGGUGAUGCACAGCAAGGUCCAGUCAGUCCGGGCAGGAGGAAACACUACUUUUUCAUGCCGAUUGGUCACAAAAGAAGAUGUGCUACAGGUGACUUGGCAGAAGGAGAUGGAUGGGGCUGAAGACAACAUAGCGACUUACAGUACAAUGAACGGUCAAAAGAUAGCAAAGGACUACGUUGGGCACGUGAGCUUUGCUCAUAGUGAAUUACAAGCCUCGGACAUCUCCCUUCAUGGAGUCACCUUCCAAGAUGAAGGAUGCUACAAGUGCAUCUUCAACACUUUUCCCUCAGGGGCUGUCACUGGCAGGAUGUGUCUCCAGGUUUAUGCCAUCUCAGAACCCAAAGUGGAAGCUAAGCUUAUAUCCAGUCCAGACAAAACUGAGGACUCUGAGAAAGUGGUUGGGAUGAGCUGCUCAGCAACAGGGAAACCAGCUCCAAAAAUCUCCUGGCGCCUUCCCAGUAUCCUGCAGCAGAAACCAAGGGAGUAUCAAGUCAAACUUGGCAACCAGACCGUGACUGUCACCAGCAAUUUCACCCAUGCCAACUCCAAAAUCCUUCAGAAGCACCCCAUCAUCUGUGUGAUCCAACACCCUUCUCUGAACGUGACCCUGGUCCUACCCAUGGCGAAUCUGAUGCAGGGUCAGGACAGCAAUGUGCCACCAGCCAUUGCCAUUGUGGUGGGGGUGCUGGUCCCCGUGGUUUCCCUCCUCCUUCUUGCCUGCCUCCUCCACUGCCGCCUCAAGUACCUACGUGAUCCAGAGAGAAACCAAGCCUGGCCAUGCUGGGUGCCAGAAGUGACAAGCAUCAAGCCAGGAGCAAUCAGACACAAGGAAGCUGCCAACUUCAACUUCCACCAGCCUUCACUAGAAAGGGAAGAGGCCAGGGAGAGAAGCAGGUUUUCCCCAAGCAGGGUGGUGGUUGGUGGGGGACAGGGUGUGGGCGAGAGGGCAGAGCUCAGCCCUGAGACUCCUCCUGAAUAG